AUGGCGGCGGCGAAUAAUAAAAAGACAACACCACCACCGGCUUCCUGGUCCUUGAAGGGCUUCAUAGCCAACAACACGUCAAGAUUCAUCUGGUUUUCUGGCAUUGUGGGUGUAAUAUAUCUCAUUGGGAAAUAUGCCCAAGCUAAACUCAAGGAAUACACUGACAAGAUGGCUAUCGAGAGAACUGCCAAAGAAAAUUUACGGAAGCGAUUUGAACAGAAUCAACAAGACUGCUCAUACACAAUCAUAUCUCUGCUGCCCAAUCUGAGUGAACAAUUACUCAAUGGACUGAAUGUUGAGGCAAUCACCACAAAGUUACAACAAUCACGUAAAGAAGGAGCAUCUGCUGCUCCUGCUCCCCCAUCUUCUGCUGGAGAAAAGACCAAAAUGGAAUUAUGGGAAGAUGUGAAAAUACUCAGUUUCACGAGAACUAUAUCAGCUGUAUACCUCAUAACGCUCUUGACUGCACUUACACACGUCCAACUGAACCUGCUGGGUCGAUUCAUAUAUCUCGACUCGGUAAAAAUGUUUACUCAAAAGGACAAGGAACAAGAAGUUGCUGGUGACGCUGGUCCAAAGACUGGUCUGAAUAUAGAAACGGAACGUAAAUUCUUGACUCUGAGUUGGUACUUGUUGAAUGUUGGAUGGAGAAGUUGUGUGGAUCGAGUUAGACUUGCUGUAGAUAAAGUCAUUGCAAGUAUCUCACUGAAACAACAAACUGACUACAACAGCAUAUUAACCAUGCUGGAUCAAGUUCGAGCUGAAGUAGAUUUCAUCAAUGGUGAUCAAUCCAAGCCCUUCAAUUUGACACAAUAUCUGCUGCCACCAGAAGGUCAAGAAUCUGAAACAUUACGUGAAGGAGCUCCAUUAAAUCAAGUCAGACCAAGCGAUCCAAGAUAUGCAGUCGAUGAUGAGCUACUGAAACUGUUGAAUGAAACUCGGGACUUUCUUGAAAGCCCUGACUUCCGUCUAGUCCUACACGCAUCACUAGACGACGCGUUCAACACUCUAGCUCUCCAACUGCGCCCACAAUUCUUCCCACAAACUACCACCUCAUCAUCUGCUGAUCCAAAAUCCAAGAUUACAGAGAUUGACGACGAGACUCUACUACGCCAAUUACGAGAUGGAGAGUCAUAUUCGGUUAGUAAAGAGGAGAGUAAAGUUUUCCCUUUAGCUGGUGUUUUACCUGCUGUUAGUCGACAAGCUCAUCUUGUGAUUAAUGGAUCUCCGAAUCACUAUAUACAGGUAUUGACUCGCCAACCUGCAUUGAUGGCAUUCUCUGCUAUCAUAUAUACUGCCUUCGAUGAUCCAGAGAAGUAG